CAAUAACCCAUAUGAUGAAAUUAAAGAAGGAAAGAACGUUUUAAUUUCUUUAAAAAAAAAAACAUUUUAAUAAGGAAAAGAAACAAAGUCCCCAAUUGGUUUAAAAAAAAUGCAAAUAGAAUAAUAAGAUUAUUCAAAUCUCAAGAACAGAGCAACCCAAUCCAGAUCUGAAAAACCUUCUCAAAUCAAAUCUCACCAUUCUUUGACUUUCAAAUCCCUAAUUUCCUUCAGAAGAAAUGUUGAUAAGAAAUCCUCUUUUUCAAUGGCGGCAGCUCUGUUUCUUCCUCUUCUUCAUCUCUCACCUUCUCCAUUCCUCCCAUGGUGACGUUGGCACUGCAGCCAAAUACCCUCCGCCAUAUUCCCCGACGGCGUGUUUUGGUGGGGAUUUGAGUCAAUUUCCGACGAAUAGCAUGUUUGCGGCGGCGGCGGAUGGGAUUUGGGAGAACGGAGCGGCGUGUGGGAGACAGUAUUUUGUAAGGUGUUUUAGUGCGUCGGAGGCGGAGGCGUGUGUGGCGGAGCAGACGGUGCAGAUUACGAUUGUGGAUUAUCUUGAAGAGAUUGUUUCGACGCCGACGGCUAUAGGAACGACGAUGGCUCUGUCCACGGCGGCGUAUAAUGCUAUUGUUAAUACCUCCACUACUGUUCGUUUCGUCACCGUUGAAUUUCUCCAGGUAUGAUGUGUACAGGUUUGAAGAAAUGGGUUUUCCUUGACUUAAUUGUGAGUGAAAUUAUUGCAAAUAAUUCUUGUAUUUUAAAUUGAAACAGUAAAUAUUUAUAUAGUCAACCCCCACAACAAUAAUAAUAUCAUUCUUUUUUGGGCAUUGAUCUUA